UAAUAGGUCCCCACCACGGAUAUCAAUCAGCAAUGACAGGACCACCUUCCACAACAUCAUCAUCAUCAUCAUCAUCAUCCUCUUAAUUUUAGUUCCCCUAAUUUUAUUAUUAAAAUGGCCGCCGGCACUAUGCGCGCAAUUGCCAUCAAGGGUGGUAAAGGCCCCGCGGAGGCCCUCUUCAUCGAUACAAUCCCCAUCCCUACCAUUAGCGCACGCCAAGCUCUCGUGAAAGUAAAAGCCUUUGGAUUGAACCGGAUGGACCUCCUCGAGCGAGAGGGCAAAUAUCCGACUCCUCCACAGGCGCCGAACACCAUGGGCGUGGAGUUCUCGGGGACAGUCGAGGCUUUGGGAGAGGCGUGUACGGGGGAGGUUAAACUUGGGGAUGAGGUUUUCGGUUUAGCUUAUGGGGGUGCUUAUGCGGAAUAUAUCGCCGUAUCAACGGGCAUGCUCAUUCAUAAACCGACCGAGGUAUCGUGGGAAGAAGCUGCAGGGAUUCCAGAGACCUGGAUCACAGCCACUCAAGCCCUGUACCUCGUUGGCGGCUUCCAACCCGGCAACUCUGUUCUAUGGCACGCCGGGGCCUCCUCGGUCUCGAUAUCCGGCAUCCAACUGGCGAAAGCGGCCGGCGCGAGCGCAAUCUACGUGACCGCGGGGUCGGACGAAAAGGUGGCUUUCUGUGUGGAGAAGCUCGGCGCCACCGCUGGAUUCAACUACAGGACGCAAGACUGGUGCGCCGAGCUGCUCAAGGCAACGGACCACCGCGGAGUGGACGUGAUCAUUGAUUAUAUUGGUGCUGGGUACUUCCAGUCGAACCUGAAUGCCGCCGCCCAGGACGGACGCAUCGUCAACUUGGCUUUCUUGGGCGGAGUCAAAUUACCGGAGGGAGUGGAUAUCUCGCCGUUCCUGCGGAAGCGUGUUCGCUAUGAGGGGAGUACCUUGCGGAGUAGGGAUGAGGGGUAUCAGCAGAAAUUGCGCGAUAUGGUGGUUGAGAAUGCGCUGCCGCGGUUGGUGACGGGUGAGUUUAAGGUGUUGGUGGAGAAGGUGUUUCCGUUUGAGAGCAUUACAGAAGCCCAUCAGUUGUUGGAGAGUAAUCAGACAAAGGGAAAGAUCAUUUGUACUGUUUAG